CUUUGAGUCCAGUCAAGGUUAACAGAGCGACUAACAGUUGUACUGUGAGACCACAUACUCGCACCAGUGAAUAUGAAGAGUCCUGGAUACGAGCACAGUGUUUCUGAGACAGAAAACAGGACACUCUUCUCAUAAGGUGUCAGAGAGAAAACACAACUCUAAGAAGAUGGUGAAAAAAAAAAGUUGCUCUUCCAAAUGCAAGACAAAAAAGGCUGCUGCCCAGAUUGCAAGCAGCGAGGGCCAGACUCCUCUGGAUGACCCAGCCAACAUCACUGCCAUUUCUCCAGAGCUGCAGACCACCAGCCAAGGUCAGCUGGGCUUUCCAGACAGAGUUUACCUGCUGGCGUCAGUCAUCUUCCAGAAUAACCACCUGGAGAAGCCUGCUGCCCACCGUUUGGUGAAUUAUGGCAAAGAGCGAGGACUCUUAUUACCUGAAGUCAAAGAUGAUUUCAUGCAACGAACAGCUUAUGAGCUGGCCUUCAAUACACUUAAAUAUCAAGAACUGCUGGAGGACAUCAUGAUUGACAGCUGCUUUUACCUUACUCAGAUAAUGCCAGAUGAUCAGAUGAGCCUUGUUGCCGUCAUGCUCUAUGACUUCCAGGAUAGAAAGUUCCUCCCAUGGCAACGCCAAGGCGAGGAUGAGAUCAUACAGGAAGUUAGAGAUGUGGAGAGCUACCUCCUUAGGUUUAAAACCAAGCUGGCAGCCUCUCUGGCCCGCUGCAGGAUCAAACAUGAUCUCCCGUCCAUUGAGUGUAUCCUGCCGGAGAGUGUGAAGAUGAGACAGGAGAGAUCAAGUAGCCUUCCACUUCAUGCCUGGGUCAACACGCUAAAGAGCAGCCUUGAUGAGGUCCAACGUGUGCUGAAGAGUGCAGGUUUCUCACAGGUGAAAUCAGUUGGGCAGCUGGAGGGCGAGACCUUCUGCCAGGAUCUCCACUGUGGGGAUAUACUGGUGUUCCCUGCACAGCUGAAGGCUCAGCUGUACUCCACCAAGCUGCUUAGCAACCACAAACUCAUCAUCCAGGAUAAAUCUUGUGGCCUGGGCCCAAAUGCGGUGUGCUCCCUGCUACCAGAGGAUGGAGAUGUUCUUAUGGUGGGCAGCUUCUCUGGCCUCACUGUCUCCCACACUGCCUCCCUAAUUGCAGCGAAACAUGAAGCCAACGGCAAAAACCAGCCCACAGUCUACGUUUGUGUCGGUGACUGUACAAGCGGUCAGAGGGAGGAGCUACAGCAGAUUGUCACUGCCAUGGGCUGCAAGAAUGUGAAGCUGAUACCUGAGGAUUUCCAGUCUUUGGACAAGUGGGGUGACAAGCGACUUCAGAAGGUGCGCAUCAUCCUGUUGACCCCCAAGUGUUCUGUGUCUGCAGUCAGCAACCCGGUCGAAUUCAUACUGCAAGAGAAUGGAGACACAGACCUGCUGCAGGACUUAUCCCAGGGCUCCAUAGCCCAGAGCAAACUGGAAGCUCUGGUAGCCCAGCAGAGGAAGGAUAUUCAUCAUGCCUUGAAAUUCCCUAAGGUUUUGGCAGUGGUAUACUCUACCUGUUCAUCAUACCCAUUGGAGAAUGAGGAGGUGGUGAGCAGAGCUUUGGAGCAGGCCAACUUCCGCUCUGAGCAGGAGGGAGAACCGAAACAAGCCAACUUCAGGCUUAGCCCAUCCCCAUUUAGCAUUCUCGGCCAUGCUGAGGACCCUGAGGAAACUGACCCCUUCUUCAUGUUGGAGUCCUCAGAAGAAAGCAAUGGCUGCUUUCUGGCUGUUCUCAAAAGAGAGCCCGAGCCAGAGGUCAAAGAGGCACCACACGAUGUGCUUGUCAGGGCAAAUGCCAAAGGCAUACUGGACAGGAUCGGUUCCAAACAGCUCACCAGAAAAGAGCAACGUGGCCAUACCAACAGGAUGCCAAAAACAACCCAAGCUCACACCUCUGUCAGUAGUCAAUCCAAAACCCAAGAGACCAAAGGCGGCAAUGGCACUACUUUGUUUGGACAUCAGGAAUUUACAGACAGGCAGCAGCCAUCACAAGGACAAGCCAAGGCACUGCGCAUGCAGGUCUUGAAAAACACUGUGUCCAGCUCCUUCUCUUUCUCCAAACAAGAAAGCACCUCCUCCUCCAUAAAAGAAAACAACACACCCAAGAAAAGCAUCACCCCUGUCUUCAACAUUACAACUUCCACCUCCACCCAUCCUACCACCCUGCUGGCCCCGCUUGCCCGUCCCCGCAGAGCUCAUCAGGAGGUGCUGAAGCCUGUGGUGCUCACCCUGCCUCCCGUUCACUUCCCCAGCUUCCUCCCACCUCAGCACAGCCGAACACGAUUCAGCCCCAGCUUUAACUACAACAAGUGGAGGAGUCCGGCUCCAACUGUACCCCGGUCCCGAUCCAGUCUCCCUGAUGCUGUGGUCAAAUCCAGGCCUCUGUUUUGA